GCAGACUUCGCAGGUUUUGUACUUCUGUACAGGCUUUACUGCCAUGCAUGGGACAGCCGACAAAUCCAGAGAAGCUUGAAAAGGUGCUGGCAGACCUGGAUGGCACACUAGACAAGCUGGAAAACGUGUUUCUGAAGAACCAGCCCUUCCUGUGCGGUGACGACAUCUCAUUGGCUGACCUGUUAGCAGUUUGUGAGCUCAUGCAGCCCCUGUGUGGCGGGAGGGACAUUCUGAAGGACAGACCCAAACUGCUGAGCUGGAGGAGUCGAGUCCAUUCAGUGCUCUCGGACUCCUUUGAUGAAGCUCACUCUGUUGUCUAUCAAAUAAGGGAGAAGUUCACAGCUAAACUGUCUCCCUGUUCAAAACAAGCCACUCUGAUGUAA